AUAACAUUACCGACUGACAUAACCUUAGGAAACAAAUCGAAAUCAUUUAAGUAAAUAGUAAAUAAUGACUGUGCUAAGCCCUUUUGUCUACUGGGCCCAAAACGAAAAGAACCUGUUCCUGAAAAUUGAUUUGAAAGACGCCGAGGAUGUAAAUGUAAAAUUAGAGAAACGUAACUUAAAAUUCGCUUCCAAGGGUCAAGGUGCACAUGGUAUGAAACAGUAUGCUUUCUCAUUAGAUUUCCAAUUUGAUGUUGACACUGAAGAAUGUAUAUAUAAAGUGACUGGCAACAAGGUGGAUUUCACAAUUAACAAAGCUGGUAAGGGAUGGUGGCCAAGACUGACAGCACAACCCACAAAACCUGCUUGGUUAAAGAUUGAUUUUGACCGGUGGCAGAGUGAAGAAGAUGUUCUUGAUGAGGAAAUGAGGGAUAUUAAGGAGGAUUAUCCUUAUUUAUAUGAUGAGCUGCAAAAACAAGAAAUUGGAUACAGGAAAGAGGAUUUCAAGAAAGUGUAUCUGACACUUUACAAUCUGUUAAUGUAUGUGGGGUACAUGUAUAUAGUGGUGGUUCUGUGUAUAAGAUUUUCAAGGGAUGGCUUCCAAAGCCAUGUGGGAUCAUAUGAAGCAGUUGGACCUGCAAUUAUGUUCUUGCAGCUACUGCAGUUUUUGGAAGUCAUGCACCCUAUGUUUGGGUAUGUCAAGGGUGGAGUGUUUAUGCCAUUUAUGCAGGUGACUGGAAGAUUUUUGGUGCUGUUCUUUAUGAUUGAAAAGGAACCUAGGAUUCAAAAUAUGCCAGUGGUAUUUUAUUUAAUACUCACCUGGUCUGCCAUCGAAAUAAUCAGAUAUCCUUACUACAUGUCGCAACUGCAUAAAAAGGAAAAUGGGUUGCUAACGUGGCUGCGUUACACGGCGUGGAUUUUUUUGUACCCCAUUGGUUUCAUAUGCGAGUCCGUUAUCAUUUUCAGGAAUUUAAUUUUCAUUGAAAACAGCGGAAAAUGGUCUAUAUCGAUGCCGAACGCCUUAAAUUUCACAUUUCACGUACCCACAAUUUUGAGAUUGUAUUUGCUCAUCGGUAUGAUUCCCGCCUCGUAUGUACUGAUGUCUCACAUGUACAAGGCGAGACAACAAAAGUUAGGCAAGAAGAGGCAUGGCUUGAAGCUAAAGAAAUAGCAGAAUCAAAAUCACGCAUACAAUAAUGUAGCAAGAUUAUCACCCUGUGGAAGUAGAUGCUGCUGAUACACGCUUUGUGUUGUAUUUUUACAUUGAGUAGAGGAUGAAUGUUUUUUGUACAGUUUUUGUUGAUAUUCUUCAAUAAAGAAUCUAUUGAUUUA